GCCAGGGCUUACAUCUGCUAACAAAACAGGAAACGAAUAGAGAUCUUGAUUUUGUCAACCAAGAAAGCAAAAAUUAACUUUAAAAUGAAAUUCCAGAAUGAAAAGCCUGAGUUUCAUCAGAGGAAUACCAUCUGGAUCCUUAUCUUAAUAAGUUACGAAUUCACCAUGCUGGGAUGUGCUGAGGGAUGGACAUAUCACAGUGCUAGCCAUCAAAUGUCAUGGGAAAAUGCAAGGCACUGGUGCCAAGACCACUACACUGAUAUGGUAGCAAUCCAGAAUAAGAAAGAAAUUGCCUAUCUAAACAAGGUGUUUCCAAAGGUCAUGGGAUAUUACUGGAUUGGGAUUCGGAAAUUAAAUGGAAUCUGGGUCUGGGUUGGAACCAACAAGACCCUCGGUCAGGAAGCAGAGAACUGGGCUACAGGUGAACCUAAUAAUGAAAAAAAUGAGGAGGACUGCGUAGAAAUAUAUAUACAAAGAGACACUGAUGCAGGGAAAUGGAACGAUGACCCCUGUGUGAAACAAAAAACUGCACUGUGCUAUAAAGCUCAGUGCAACCAGUCCACAUGCAGCGGUCACGGUGAAUGUACAGAAACUAUUAAUAAUUACACCUGCAAUUGUGAGAAGGGAUUCAACGGGAAACACUGUCAAAAUGCUGUGAAAUGUGAAGCCCUGUCAGAACCAGACCACAGCAUAAUUACCUGCUCGGACCGAUAUGGGAGUUUUAGCUACAACUCAGCUUGCCAGUUUCACUGUUCAGAAGGCUUUGCUUUAAACGGAUCGAGCAUGGUUACCUGCAACUCUUCAGGAAAUUGGACAGAACCAAUACCAACAUGUACAGCUGUGAAAUGUGAAGCCCUGUCAGAACCAGACCACAGCAUAUUUAUCUGCUCGGACCUUUAUGGGAGUUUUAGUUACAACUCAACUUGCCAGUUUCACUGUUCAGAAGGCUUUGCUUUAAAUGGAUCGAGCAUGGUUAUCUGCAACUCUUCAGGAGAUUGGACAGAACCAAUACCAACAUGUACAGUUCAAAGUGAUCUUCUAGACUAUAGCCUUCUGACAAUGACUGUAGUUGGUGCCUCCAUUCUUGCAACCUCUUCGAUUAUAUAUUUUUUGAGACGUCAUAUGAAGAGAAAAAAGCAUCUUCACACAAGACUGCCAGGAAUGAUGCCCCCUGAUGUAGCUCAAAGCAACCUAUAAAAAAUGAACCGAGAAACCGGUAUGUUUCUGUAUCCUGGGUAUCCUUUAACUGCGUGACUUUUUUUUUUUUAAUGAUCUGAACUGGAAGAGUUCUUAACAAAGCCUUCCAUUGUAUUAUAUUCAGUGAAGUUAAAGGGGUCGAUAUUAAGAUCUGAAAAUGGUGUCCAGAUUGGUUGUUGAAUGAUUGUCUUGUAUCCAUUUUAAAAUGUUUGGUUUACAUAUUCAAAGAGGCUGUUGCCUUGUAAAAGUGUCCUGCAACAAGGGUAUCUGUUUUUAUAACAGUGUCGCCUUGCAUUAAAUGCUGCAGUUGUAGCAAAGAUAAGAAAACGAAAAUCAAAUUUAAUGCAAAUUGCUGUAAACAAGUCAUGGUGAACAUGGCCAACGCUAUUCAAGGGAACCCUUUCAUUCAUUUACUUCAACUGGCAUGCCUAUUCCACAGCUGUUUUUAACUUUGUUUUGUUAUUUGCAUUGAUUAAAAAAUACAUAACAAUAACCACACAUUACGCAUCAUUUUUCAUAGAAUUCCAGUUAAAUUUGCUCAUGAAACCUGAAAAGGGCCUUGAAUUGAUAAUGAAACACCUUUUACUCUGGAUGGCAGAUGGUACAAAGAAUGUUUAAUUUUAGUAGAUUUAGGGCCCUAUUCUCACUUGGUUUAAAUUGGCUAUUUAUGUGCUGGAAGUGAUAAUAGGGCCCUUAUUUUCCAUUGUAAAAAUAUCUGUGUAAAAGAUGUCUUGCAUCGACUUGUUUAACCAAUAAUAUGUUAAUUUUUUUUUUUUUUUUUUCUGGUAUUGGUACUAAAGACUAUCAGUGAAAGUGCUGUAUUUUAAGAUACUGUUCUUUUGAUGCUUCUCUGGUGAACACUCUGUACUGCUUUGGCUGUGUAAACUACAGCUGCUGAAGUACAGCAGUCUCUGUUUCUGUUCACUUAAUACUGCUGUGUCUUUUAUUGACCUGUUUGUCAUACUGCAAUAAGUGCCUAAAUAAAUAAUUUGUAUUUGAUAUUAAAU